AUGGGUAUUUUCAAAUUAUUCUCUGGUUUUCUUAUUCUCCUCUGCAUAAUUUUCCUCACAGAAACUCAUCAAACUACAGCUAAAGAUGAUAAAAUAAUUCACAUUUAUCAACUCCAAAAGGGAAAUUUCUCGAUCAAGGUCACCAACUAUGGAGCCACUCUUUUAUCCCUACUUGUGCCCGAUAAAAAUGGAAAGUUGGAAGACAUUGUUCUUGGUUAUCAAAAUAUUGAAGAAUAUAAGAAUGAUACGACUUACUUCGGAGCCAUAGUUGGGCGAGUCGCCAACCGAAUAGGAGGGGCUCGAUUUUGUCUUGAGGGGAAGUGCUACAAAUUGUUUGCCAAUGAUGGAAACAAUACUCUCCAUGGUGGUAAAGUUGGAUUUAGUGAUGUCAUAUGGUCGGUAAAAAAUUACCAAAAGGAUUCACAUAUUACAUUUACUUAUAAUAGCUUUGAUGGAGAAGAAGGUUUUCCUGGUAAUGUAAUCGUGGAAGUAACAUACCAAAUAAUCGAUACCAACAAGCUACGAAUAAAAAUGGUAGCAAAAGCCUUAAACAAACCAACACCGAUAAAUCUUAUUUCUCACACAUAUUGGAAUCUCGCUGGUCAUGCAAAUAAAUAUGGAAUUCUUUUUCAUCGUCUACAACUCAACGCCCAAAAUUACACACCCGUAGAUUCCAACCUCAUCCCAAACGGUCAAAUUAAAAGUAUUAACGGUACAUAUUAUGAUUUCCAAACAUCCCAAAUGAUCGGGUCAAGAAUCCAAAAAGUCCCGGGUGGGUAUGAUAUCAACUAUGUAUUGGUGGAUUCAAGUAAAGGAAAACAUUUGAUUAAGGCUGCGGUUGUGGAGGAGAAGAAAUCGGGUCGGAUGAUGGAAUUAUGGACUAAUCAACCCGGGAUCCAACUUUAUACUAGCAAUAAAAUAAGUAGAAUUAAGGGAAAAGAUGGAGCGGUUUAUAGGAAGUAUGCGGGUCUUUGUUUGGAGACACAAGGGUUCCCGGAUUCGGUUAAUCACCCGAACUUUCCGUCUCAGAUUGUGAAUCCGGGUCAGAUUUAUCAUCAUAUUAUGGUUUAUAGGUUCACAGCUAAUUACUAG